AAACGGCGUUUUGCGUUUUGCGUUUCACUCCGGUCUCCCGAUUAGCUCGAUUCGGAGAGAGAGAGAGCUAGAGAUUGAAGCUGCUCGAACAUGGUGAGAUUAAGCAGAGUGAUGCUUAAAGAGGCUGGAAAUGCAAUCGACAAGACUCUGUCGGAGAUUCUCGUGUGCCCUCUCUCCAAGCAACCUUUGAGGUUCGGUUCGGUUCGGGUCUGCGAGAAGACGAAGUCACUUGUCAGCGACACGAUCGGUGUCUCAUUUCCUAUAAAAGAUGGGAUUCCAUGCUUGGUUCCAAAGGAUGGAAAAAUACUUGAGGAGGAUGGUGAUGCAUCCAAAGCUUCUUGAUUUUUUGCUUUUAUCACCCUCCCAGAAAAUAAAAGUGAUCAGAAUGAAAGUAGCAACUUGUUGCACCGUAUUUGCAGCCAGAGAGGCUUCUUAAUGGUUCCUUCUUUCCUAUGUACAAGUUCUAAGUAGCAGUUUUAAAGUUUCAAGUUUUCUAGUGAGAGAUCGUUGAUUGUAAGCAAUUGGAAGUUAAUGGUGAUAUAGUUUCAGGUGAAUGUACCCCCACCUUUUCUUGUUAAGUUUCUUCAAGUCUAGGAUUCUCAUUGUCUGGAAUGGAACUAAAAGAAAAUCAUGAUUUAAAGUAUUUGAUGCCUA